GGUAGGCUGCGCUAGUUUGGGUUUGGAAGUGUGGAGGAGGCGAGUGACGCAUCAGCUCUUUGCCAGGCCAGGCAGCUGGCGCAGCUGGCAGUCGGCGGUCGAUGUGUCGACAUUUGGGGGGACAGCCGCCACUAAACAAAGCAACAGGCCCGCUAAAAGCAGCAGGUUCCUAUAUUGGUGGCGUUGUGGAAGUAGUGAGUACCUGCAUUUAGCACGGAAUCCACCAGAUAACUAAGUAUCUAGUACAGUGACAACAUGUACCUUUGGCAGUCCGGAACCGUGCACUUAUGCCCAGUCACCUGGUGCUGAUGAAACAGUGAGCUCUCCAGGUACCUGCGCCGAGCCAUCACCACCAACCAAACACACGCAGCCGGCCCAGGCCACUGUGCCCGACCCCAAGGGUCCCCUCUGUUUUAGGCCCGGCGUUGCAUUGAUGAAAAGGCCGCCGUCAAGGUGAUGAUGGGGCCUGCAAUAGCAUAAACAGUGAUCAUCAUUAGCCUUUUGCCACAAGGGCCGAGCAGGAAACGCGAUAAACCUUGCGGACAAAGAUAGCCCUCUCUGCCCAUCGCUCGGCUUUGUCUAUGUUGCCAUUCUUACUGAUAGCCUUUCUUAGCAUGCAACUACGCCCCCCAAAAAACACCGAUUCAGCCUGCGGGCGCUCAACAAUGGCCAAGCGUCACACGACUCGAGGCUAACUCGGCUCCAUUCCAGCCGCCUCACUCGCCGUACCAGGCCCACGCAUCGUGAGAGGCUAUGCUAGCAGCCCAGGGCCCCCCAGCCGCCUAGAACCGGAGCUAUCCCAUGUUCUUGCCUGCAAGCCGGGAUCGCUGGGACAGGACGCAUGUCUCUCGACCAUGAAUCGUUGAGUCACGCUCACCAUGGCGACAAAUUGCAUCGUAAAAGAUGUGAAUUACUGGCAGGGAUCUCCGGACUAUGAGACUCGGUCACCGCGUCUCCCUUAUCUCACGCCUCUAUUCGUUUGUUCGCUAGUGGAGAGCCACAGCACCUGAUCUGCCGUCAGGUGCGCUCUGGCCACGCGCGUACGUCAGGCCGGUGCAGGCGCUGCGGGGGAGAGCGGAGAAGCACAACGGCUGUGACUAGAUCGGCCACUGCUUCACAGACUUGGCUACCAGCAAUUGCCAACUUUUAUUGGAGAUCCCCAUCCAGAUUUGGCACGCUGGCAUCCAAAUCUGUGAUGGCGUGCAUGGGAACGGGAAUAUCCGACCGCUGUCCUCCGAAACAGCAAGUGAAUGGGCGCUCUCACGAGUGUGGCAAGCCUUCCCUCAUGAACUCUUUUGGGUUGAAGUACGUUAGACAACUCUGGCCAUCAACAAUGCAAGCGAGUGAUGUCAUCGUAUUCCCCCGUGUUGACAAAUGGCCGUGUCUAUUCGCUCGCAGCUUUGCAAUUAGGACGCGUUGUCAUCCCGAAACGAGACAAUCCGUGACCGCCAAAACUAACCAUCCUUUGUAAACCAUUCUCGCUUAAUUAAAACAUUAAGAAUAGGAUUAACAGAAGAAUAACGGAUAUGCUAAUGUGCUACAGGACUCGUGUCAUGUAUGUUCAAUGGUGAAGUGCAACACGUGAAGCUACCUAUGCGUAGGGUAGCGACACGGGUCUAUCCACGGAGAGAGCUCGCGCCCGUUUCGUAUGCUGGCCAAUACGAGCGAAUAUUUUAUAAACCGCAGAUUCUCAUAUUCUUCUUAUUUGAUACUGUUGAAGGACAAGAACAGCUGCAGAAUGUGACUAAACGCGGCUACGUGGAUCCGUGAACAGUACCAGGUAAUGUGCAUAUAAGUAUGAACACACUCUACAGCCCGCUUAGAAUUUUCGUGAAUCGUGAUUCGGGUCCUUCACGCCCCAAUGUCCCUUAGCAUAUUACGCCUUCCAACAUGCGAUUUCUGGGUAUAAGACUCAGCCCGAGUUUCACAACGACUUGAACUUGGCACUAACCCUUCAUCAACAGCCAAAUCAAGAUCACUGUUUCAUACAAUAUAUUUCAACAAUGUCUUCAGCCUUUUGGAUUUCACAGAGCCCCCUUUCGGAUCCGGGUAAUGAUCCUAAGUUACUGGAAGCCAUAAAUGCACUUCCAUCAGAUAUUGCGUCGCUGCGUGACAUUGUUUCUCAAUUCUGUCUUCAUUAUCAAGCGCGCAGGUCGGAAGUGCGACCCGACAGGCUUGAUGAAAUUCAUACUCGAUACGCAGGUGUCAUGUUUGAACGCAUUCUCUCACGCAAUCCAUCUCUCACUGCCAAACGGUCCAGCGAUGAGCGAACCGUGGGCUGCUGCCGAGACUCGGCACUUCUACUUGCCUCCAUUCUCAGGCAGAAGGGCAUUCCGGCUAGAAUUAGAAUCGGGUCGGCAGCGUACUUUUCUCCUGGCAAGAUGAUAGAUCACACUGUUACUGAAAUGUGGGAUGCAGAUUUGAAGCGCUGGAGACUGGUUGAUCCGGAUAUGCCAGUUGGCUGGAAGAAGUACGCGUAUGGGAAGCAAGUGGACUUUCUAGAUCUCCGACCUGGAAUCGACUUUCAGAACGGUUCAGAGGCUUGGCUCAGUGCUCGGUCUGGUGAGAUUGAUGCUAGCAACUACAUUAUCGGUGAAUCGGUUGCUUUCAAGGGGCUCCCGUAUCUUGCUGUCAAUGUACAAUCUGAUCUGGCAGCUAUGAACAAACAAGAGAUGCUUCUCUGGGAUCUCUGGGGCAUUGGCGCCGAAUGCACUCCGGAUAGUAUGCCGGAUGAGAUGAUUCCGGUGGCUGACGAGAUCAGUAUGUCUCUGAUUGACAGGGAAAUUGAGCCAGAAAAGAUUCAGCAGUUUAUGCAGCGAAGCAACCUCGCCCUCACGGAAGAGAUUUUGCGACUCGAUCCCAAUUCCCCAGCCGCCGGUCCGAAGAAAGUCAACGUCGCUCGAGCCCUUGGGAAAGUAUAGCCAUGCGUUGGAUUAAAAGCGCAUAUUUACGUGGAAGCCUGAUCUAUCUCUGAGAAAUAUCUGUGUUUGCAGCGUUGCCGUGGUAUGACGUAGGGAUAUGCUUUUCAGGUGACGAUCUUGUGAUGACAGUGAAGAAGUUUAUGAGCAGGAAAAACACAAAGUCGGGGGUUUUUUUUUUCGAAGAAAAUUGCUACUGGGAGAAUCGACUCUCAAUAUUACCAUCAAUAUGCUCCAUCUAUUCUUA